AUGGAUCCCUCCACGCCUGGUCAACUUGCGCGAGGGGGUGUGAAGAUCGUCGUUGGUGCUGUGCAGACCAGCUACAAGAGAGAGCUCAAAGCAUGUGGAACAUACGAGAUGUGGACGCGUGUACUGAGUUGGGAUCGAAAAUGGCUCUAUCUUGCCACCUAUUUUGUCGUCAAGGGAGCGGACAAUCUGCCUGGACCAGGCAGUGAUGGUUCUGGCCUCGCCUGUGGUGGUGCCCAAGUUCUCCCAAGAAACAGAGAUGACAUAGUACUUGCUACUUUCAUAACCAAGUUGGUAUUCAAAAUCGGUCGAUUGACAAUCCACCCUGCCGUGGUGUUGGAUGCGAGCGGCCUACUGCCACCUCGUCCUGGUGGUUGGACAAGUAGUGGUGAUGAUAACGAAACUCCGCUAGCGAAACCUGUUGCACAAGACUCGGAAAGGAGAACAGACGAGGAAACUGAGGCAUCGUGGGACUGGCGGCACACGGAAAGAGAACGGCGAAGGGGGCUAGAUCAUGCCCAGCAUUUGGCGGCGCUAGAUGAUCUGUCACAAACGUUUAGUGGCCGCGCCAGCAUUGUCGUCGCCAUGGCAAAGUGCUCCAUUGAAACAGAGAACCAAUUCGGUCCUGCUGCCGACUGUUAUGGAGGGUUUGACUUCACGCUAUUAUUUGAAGAGACAGUCCUCACAAUUAUUCCCGCGACAAUAGUACUGUUGCUACUGCCGUUUCUCGUCGCUGAUAAGCUCGAGUGCAGUACCAAAGUUGCGCGGACAUGGUCUCAUAGUGUAAAGCUGGCAACAUGGGCUGCCUUGGAAGUUUCGUAUUUCGUGCUAUUGGGAUUGAGUGUGCAUCCACAUAGUCCAAAGACUAGAGCAUCUAUCGCCGCCAAUACACUGGUCCCCGUUCUGGGUCUCGGUUUGGCAUUGCUGUCGCAUUUGCAUCAUUUGCGAAGCGCUCGCCCAUCCACUGUUAUCAUUCCGUAUCUUGGUUUGACCUUGGUCUUUGAUGUUGCUCGCUGCCGGACAUUAUUGGCACUUGUGGAGGGAGAGUCUACAGCCAUAGCGUUUGGUGUCGCCGUCGGACUGAAGACACUCCUACUGUUGCUUGAGUCAAUAGAGAAGCACAACAUUUUGCUUCCAGAGUACCAGAAGCUACCGCCAGAGUCGAUCGCUAGCGAAUUUGACCAAUGGUUUGCCUGGUGGAUCAAUCCAGUCCUCCUUAGAGGAUAUAGACGAGAACUUGAGCUAAAAUCGCUGGACGAUGUGGAUCAGAACUUGCGAACAGGCGAGGAAUUCGAAAGCUUUAUUAUCGCUGGGGUGCCUUUGACAGAACGAUCAGCAUUUGGCACCGGCCUCAUCAUCUCGUAUGCCAUCGUAUACACUGGUAUUGCCGUAUCAACGGCUCUGACCCAGCACUGGACUCUCCAACUCAUCGCCAAAAUGCGAGCCGACCUCAUCGAUGUCAUUUAUCGCCACACUCUCAGAAUUCGCUCGACUUCUUUACAAGACGCCGACUCUGUCACAUUGAUGAGUGCUGAUGUGGAGAGGAUCGUGACGGGCUUUAGGACUAUGCAUGAGCUAUGGGCGUCGCCCAUUGAAGUUGGCCUUGUUCUAUGGUUGUUACACGCACAACUUGGUCUCGCUCUCGUGGGACCUGCUGGCACCGUCAUUAUCUGUGCUGCUUCGGGGGCCGUGGUGGCCUCUGGCGCUCCGGUAGCCCAGAAGGCCUGGCUCGACUCUAUCCAGAUUCGCUUGGCAGCCACGGCGUCGAUGCUCAACGUCAUGAAAGCCGUUAAGAUGACUGGACUUGCUGAUAAACUGGGUAAAACAAUCACCAAUAUUCGUGAACAGGAGGUUCAGAUUUCAUUUGGGUACAGACUCGUAUUGCUCAAGAUAGUUUCUAUUUCUUACUUGAGUAUUGCUCUAUCUCCGGUCGGCGCCUUCGGUAUCUACAUCUUGUUACAGCGGUACAUGGGUUACAGCAUCUUGGAUGUCACCAAGGCCAUAACGACGCUAACUCUCUUGCAGCUUAUGAUUGCUCCCAUGUCGCUUUUUGUGGAAGGCCUAGGUGGCGUUAUGGGUGCCGUUGGAUGCUUCCAAAGAAUUCAGCAAUAUUUGAACACCGACAUGCGUAUUGACAACAGGAUCUUCAGCCAGUUCUAUCAUCGAGAUUCCAUUCAAUCGAAAUCAUUUAUGCCGAAAACAAGUUCCAGCAGAGCAGGUUCCCUGAAUGAAACUCUUGUUAAUGACAAUGCCAAAAGCUUGUCUCACCACGAGAAGAAAGAGGCGCGGUCCAAUAAAACUUACGAGCUGGAGGAACUUACCGAAACGACACGGUUGGCCACUCCCCAAGAACCCCGAGAAAGCGCAGUUGCAAUAAGAGUUCAGCAUGUUUCCGCCCGAUGGAAGGAUCAUCGACCUUUCAUCUUGCAUGAUCUGAACUUCGACAUUCCUCUUGGCAAACUGACAAUGGUUGUUGGCCCUGUUGGUAGUGGCAAAUCUACCCUCCUUCAUACAUUAUUGGGCGAAACACUCAUCUCAACUGGUUCCAUAAUUUCAGCCUUUCCAGAUGCCGCCUUCUGUACGCAGUCAUCUUGGAUUAUUAAUGCUACCCUCCAGAAGAAUAUUCUUGGAUCUCUACCCCUUGAUCCAGACUGGUAUUCCACCGUGUUGAAUGCCUGUGCUCUUUCUCAGGACAUAAGUCAAUUCCCACAAGGCGACAACAUGCUUGUAGGGAGUAAUGGUAUCAGUCUCAGCGGCGGACAACAAAUGCGCCUUACUCUUGCUAGAGCCUUGUACUCUCGCAAGCAAAUGGUGAUAAUGGAUGAUGUCCUCACCGAAGCAGAUCUGAUCGUAGCACUCGGUUCAGAUGGUACCGUCGCUCAACUGGGAACCUAUGAUGAGUUAUCAAGCUCCGAAGGAUACGUGUCAAACCUUCAAAUACAGGAUCGACAAGAUGAUAGUAUGCAAAGCAGCGGAUUAUGCCUCCCAACUGAGGCUGUUCGGGAAGCUCUCUCCAAAGCACUCCCGGAAGUCAAUGCCGCUGAUGCUUCCAUUAGCGAUCUGGAUACGUACAAGUAUUAUAUUGAGUGCUUUGGAUGGGUCAGAUGGUCAAUAUUUGUUGUAAUUUGUGCCAUGUUUGCAUUCUUCUCCACAUUCCCACAGGUGUGGCUGAAGUGGUGGGCAGCAGACAACAUGCAGUAUCCAAACACAAACGCUGCUUAUUACUGGGGUAUAUAUCUUCUUCUUGGCGUUCUGACUGUUGUUAGUCUUGGAUCUGCUGCCGGGUUCCUCAUCACCGGCCUAGCUCCUCGCGUUGCGCUGACUCUACACAAACGCCUCCUUUCUACCGUAAUGAAUGCUCCAAUGUCUCUAUUUUACACCUCGGAUACUGGCUCUAUUACCAACCGAUUCAAUCAGGAUAUGGAGCUUAUUGACAUGGAUCUUCCUUUGUCAUUGAUCAACACGGUGGUUAUGAUAUUUGUUCUCAUUGCGCGAGCCAUCUUUAUCGCCGCUACUGGCAAAUACGUCGGAGCCGCACUUUUUUUCUGUGUCCUGGCUGUUUAUGUCCUCCAGAGUUUCUACCUGCGAACGUCGCGCACAUUAAGGCUGCUCGACAUUGAAUCAAGGUCUAUCCUCCUCGCGCACUUCCUUGAAACUCUGGGGGGCCUGGUCAUACUCAGGGCAUACAAAUGGGAUCGGUACUUUAUCGAGCGUAACAAUGAACUUAUUGACAUUGUACAAAGGCCUUUUUACCUCUUGUUAAGCGUUCAGAGAUGGCUUAGUCUUGUCCUGGACCUUAUGGUUGGUGGUAUAGCCAUAGUUCUCGCCACUAUUGCUGUGCAGGCACGAGGACUGGAUGUCGGAUUACUAGGUUUGGCUCUGGUUAGCAUUGUUGGCUUCAGCGCUGGUCUGAAACAACUCAUCAUUCACUGGACUAUGCUCGAAACAUCAGCAGGUGCUAUAACCCGAGUCAAGUCAUUUGUUUCCACCGUCGGAUGCGAGAACCUUCCCCCCGAGCGAGAAGCCGUCUCUGAGAGUUGGCCCCAGUUUGGAUCUGUGGCAUACCGUAACGUAAUGGCCUCAUAUGGAAAGGACUCUGGGCCCGUCCUUAAAGGCGUUUCACUUACCAUCGAGCCUGGUCAACAUAUAGGCAUUUGUGGUCGCAGCGGAAGUGGCAAGAGUUCUUUGAUAGCUUGUCUUUUUCGCCUUUUAGAACAAAACAACGGUUCCAUUCAUGUCGAUGGCGUUGAUAUAUCAACAAUUCCGCGGCAGCAAGUACGAGAGCGACUGAUCGCCCUACCGCAAGAUGCGUAUAUCUUUCCUGGAACAGUUCGUUUCAACGUUGACCCUAUUGGUGAUAAUGACGACGCGAAUAUCAUACAGGCGCUCGAGAAAGUUGGGCUGUGGGAAAUGCUCUGCACUGACGAGGUCGGUGGUUUGGAUGGGAAAUUACCGCAGGAUCUACUCUCACAUGGUCAGCGUCAACUGAUGUGUCUAGCGCGGGCGAUGGUGCGGCGCUCUUCUAUUCUUGUCUUGGACGAGGCAACGGCUGCCGUUGACAGUGAGACGGAGGCACUCAUACAGCACAUUAUCCAAGAGCGCUUUAAAAGCUAUACUAUCAUCGCUGUUGCACAUCGUCUGGAUACAAUCCGGGAGUUUGACCGCGUUGCAGUCAUGGAUGCCGGCUCCAUAGUAGAAUGGGGAGAUCCAGUCACAUUAUUGCGGAGAGAAAGUGCUUUUCGUACGCUUUACAACGAUUUGAAGGGCGUUGCGGGGAAGCCUGGCCCUGAAUGA